GAGAGGGAGGAGGAGGAGGAGCUGAGGAAGAGGAGGAGGAGUCAGGGAGGAGGGAGGGAGAUAAAAACCAGACUCGGCAGAGCAGAGACGACCAAACUGAAGAGGAUCAGAGAAGCAAAAACACCGUCAGAGGGAAGGACUGAAAUACAAGAGAGGAAGAGGUGGAAAAAGAGGAGGAGGCACCAAACCACCCACAGAGAGAAGCCUUCCUCACUGUUUGGAAACUCACUCUGUGUUUAUGUCUGCGGACGGAAAAUGAAGUGAAGAGAGAAAGAAAAGAAGGAAAAAGACGCUGCGAAACAGAAGAAGUUUCAUCUGUUGAGUCGAAGAAGAGAUCAGAACAAGUUCUUCAAACUUCUUUCUUUCAAACCUAAUUCAAGUUGAGCUGAUCUGAGAGGAGCAGACUUACAGCAGUGCAUCAUGGGAACACCUUGAGUCCAUAGAGACACAGACCUGAACGCCUUCGUCCUCUGGUUCCACCUCCACCCAGCAUGCUGGCCAGGUUCUCCCAGGGAAGGAGCUCUCCGGGUGGGCUGCCGCUGCUCCCCCUGCUCCUGGGGCUGAUGGCGAUGAUGACGACGGCGGUGGUGAUGAAGACGGAGGCAGCGAGCGCCGAAGAGCUGGAGAGCGAGGAGAGUCAGGAGAUCCUGGAGGAGGAGGAGGGCAUCAGCACUGAGAUCCAGGAGCCGCUGUCCUCCGAUCUGUCCAGAGUGACUCCUUUCAAAUCCUGGUUGAUCUUCAGAAGAAACUCCAACAAGGGGGACAACCGCAGAACCAAAGGGUCCAGGAGAACCUCCAAGCAUGGUCUUCCAGGCCCUCCAGGCCCUCCAGGACCUCAGGGGCCUCCAGGGCCCCCCGCCCCCCUACUGCCACAACAACAGGAGCUCAUCCAGGAGCUGCAGCUAAAAGUGAGAGACAUGGCAGCAGGAGUGUGUCUGCUGUGUGAUCGUCCUCCUCGUGUCUCCACCUCCUUCCUCAGUCGCCUCCUGCAGCCCGUCAGCGUCCCUCGCCGCAGCCUGCUGGAGCUGCAGCCCUUCGGCCAGCCCUCGGACUCGGAGCGGAGCCUCCAGAGGGGUCAGAGCUUCAACACCAGCACCGGCCGAUACACGCCGGCCGUCUCCGGCUUCUACCAGCUCACCGCCAGCCUCCUGAUAGAGUCCGGAGACAGAGUCCAGGUCCGGAUCAGAGACAGCGUGAGAGCGGCCAUCUGCAUCGAGUCGCUCUGCCAGAGCAACCUCUCUGUAGAGUCUGUGAUGGGCGUGGCGGCCGCUGGAGGAACAUUCAGCAUCCUGCUGACAGGAACGCUCUUUCUGCAGGCUGGAGAGUACGUGUCGGUGUUUGUGGACAACGCCACCGGCUCGGCCAUCAGUGUCCUGCAGGACUCGAUGUUCUCCGGGAUCCUGCUGGGAGUCUGAACGCACAACACAAACGCCGUCCUCCGAAUCCUCCAUCACCUGAUGGCCGGGACUCCAACCUGGUACCAGCACACCUGGAUCGG